AUGUUGGGUGUUGCCUACAUGGACUUCGUGGCUGCCCAGUGCCUGGUGUCCAUCUCCAACCGCUCUGCUGUGCCUGAGACAGCACGGCUGAAAGUGCCAGGUGAGGAGCAGGUGGGAAAGGAGCUGUGUGACUCCUGUGACGCUUGGAAGAACUACUGCACCUUGGUGACCAUUGCCAAGAGCCUCCUGGAGCUGAACAAGUACUGUCCCCUGCCUGUCCCCUCCAUCUGCAGCAGCAAUUUGGAGAGCCUGGAUGAGGAUGUGGACUCUGACAGUGACUUGACCGCAGAGCCAGGGUCGAGCCCAGCACGCAACUUGGCGCUGGGGCAGCCCCCCUACCUGCACAGCACCAUGCCCCCCAAGGGGAAGCUGGUGGCUGAGAAGCGGCACAAGUGCCUGUACAGCGGCUGUGGCAAGGUCUAUGGAAAGUCCUCACACUUGAAAGCCCACUACCGAGUGCACACAGGAGAGCGACCAUUCCCUUGCACAUGGCCCAGCUGCCUUAAAAAGUUCUCUUGCUCUGAUGAGCUCACCCGGGACUACAGAACCCACACAGGCGAAAAACAGUUUCAGUGCCCCCUCUGUGAGAAGCGGUUCAUGGGUUCAUGCGGAGUGACCACCUGA